CAGAUAUUCUUGCAAAGUCAUGAUGAAAGUACUGCUGCACAACAAAAACGAAACAGAUUACCCGAUCAUUCACAAUUAGAAAAAAUUCUUGUACGUUGGUUCAAUCUUGCAUUAGAAAAUCAUAUUACAAUUACAGGUUUAAUCUUGCAAGAAAAAGCAAAACAAAUUGCAAAUACUUUAGAUAUUCAAAAUUUUGCUGUUUCUGAUACAAAUCUAACCAAUGAACCCCCAAAUCCUGUUACAAUUUAUGAUACAAUUCAGUUUGUUGCACAGGCAUGGAAUAAGCAAAAAACUAGUAUUCUUCUUUUUGCAGAAAUUGAUGAAUGUCUGAAUACAGAAGUUUCAGCUAAAAUAAAUAAUGACAAUGAGGAAACAGAAUUAAAAAAUCUCAUUACACAAUUUCAGGAUUUAAAAAAUCCUGAAAACCCUGAGCAUUUAAAUAUUUCUAUAUAUGAGUUUAUCGAAAUUGAUAAUAAAUAUACAACAGGUGAAAUGCCUACAAUUAACGAGCUUAUAGAAGAAAUACAAAAAAGUGAACCUGAAGAAGAAGAACUAAAAAAGCAAAAACCUGUUAUACUAACUCAAGCUGUUACCGGAAUAGAUUCAGUAUUGGGUUAUAUUGAACAGCUUGAAUUGAAUUUUCAAAUUGAUAUUAAAGUUUUUGCUGAACUUAAACGGAUGCGAAAAGAGCUUGCUUAUUUAACAAAAAAAAAUUCAAAGCAAACAAAAUUGGAUUCAUUUUUUUAUUAA